AUGGAGGGGAAGGAGAGAGGUGGUUCCCCCAACCCUGGAGAGCUGAGGGAUGCGGUGGGCAGUGUGCUCCCACCCCAAGGGCGCAGCCCUGCUCCCAGCAGCCGGCAGGCCGCGGGGUUUCGCACACGGCAAGCCAGCGAUGACCCCGAGAAAACCAACACCACCUACCUGGAUGACUCGCAGCCAGCCCAGGAUAUCACCAUCAAAGUGGAGGACCCCGACUGCCUGUCGUCCUCCAGCUACCGGGAUGUGGAGAGCGAGCGGUUCCUGUCCUCCAGCUCCUCCACCGCCCGCCGCGUCUCCUUCAACGAGGCCGCGCUCUUCGACCAGGGCAAGAAGACCCAGGAGAAGGGGAGGAGGUACACGCUGACGGAGGGUUUUUUCUCCCCCCCCCUAAAGCACCCCCGCCUGCCCCCCCUGCCCCUCCCGCCGCCCGCCCUCAAGAUCGUCACCAUCCACGAGUGCGAGUCCAGCGAGAACAGCCUGGCCAUGACCCCCCGCCUGCCCCCGCCCAAGCCCGGCCUCGCCAUCUUCCAGCCCCCCGCGGGGGCCCUGCCCCAGCCGGCGCUCCCCAGCCAUGCCGUGUGCCCCAGCUCCGCCCUGCCCGGGGCGCUGCCCGACCCUGAGAUCCAGGUGAUCGUGGAGGAGGCUGGAGAGGUGGCCCCUGAGCCCAAGGCUGGCUCCGAGCCCCCCGGGGACGAUGACUGCCCCGGCCCUGGGAGGUGCCUGGGGCUGGGCUCCGGCUUGGAGCUGAUGGACAAGAUCGCCGGUGGCCUGGAGGAGCGGCUCUACGGGCACUUGAGGAAAGCGGGAGAGAGCCCCGAGCACACGGUGGCCGUGGCGGCCAGCGAUGCCCCCCCUGACCACAGCCCUGUCUAGGUCCAGCGCAAGGGGAAGAGACCCCGGCGCAGGGGGGCUUGGCCCCCAUCGGGGUUCAGGGCUCCAUCCCCUCUGCUGCCGGCGUGGGGACCAGCCUGGGGUGCUGCGGGAAGGGUGGCCCCA